CGCCGGUUCGAGGUUACAGUUUUCCCCCUAUCGGCAUCGCGGGAGUUUCAGUCGAAAUUUUUGGGCCACGUGUGUCGUUCAUUCAUGCGUCCGAAUGAAUGAGGGGACGGGAGGAGGGGCGCUCUCUGAAACAGUCGACCGGCGAACGCCCGCGCGCAAGCUGCGCUGCGGAAGCGUCCGCGCACCGCGAAUCUCAUAUCGCGACAGAACAAUAUCACAGCGGAGAAGGAAACGGACUGCAUUACGUCUUUUGCCCCACCGCCGCUGAGCGCCGCCGGAUCAACAUUGGGUACGGUUGCAAGGAAACGACACACAAUGUAGGUGGGGACGAUGAGGGAACAGGAAGGCGACGGCCCGGAGAGCCGUUAGCCGGACUCGAUGGACGAGUAUGGCGGGCCGGCGGCGCCGCCCCGGCCGCCCAAGCCGGCGGCGCGCGUACACCGCGCGGGGGCCGCGUCCGCCGGGGCCGGCGGGGGCGCGCGGCCCCACGUCUCCCUACUGCGGCCGCGACCCGAGGCGGAGCGCGAACGCAACGCGUACGUGGAGGCGCCGCGCCGCUCGCCGCCGGCGGUGCACAGCUCGACGCACGCGGGCCCGCACGCAGCCUCGCGCCCCCUCAAGCCGGUGACGAGCCAGCCGGGCGCGGACAAGCGGCGCGCGCCCGCCGAGCAGUCAAUCGUGUGCGAGGAGUGCGGGCGGUGCCGCUGCGAGCAGUGCGCGCGGCCGCGGCCGCUCCCCUCGCGCUGGCUGUGCGGCUCGUGCCUAUGCAGCGCGGAGGCGUGCGUCGACUACGCGUCGUGCAUGUGCUGCGUGAAGGCGCUGCUGUACCACUGCGGCGGCGGCGAGGAGGAGGCGCGCGAGCCGUGCGCUUGCGGGCCGCGGCUGUGGUGCGUGGGCGCGCUGGCGCUGCCGCUCCCGUGCCUGUGCCUGUACUGGCCGUUGCGCGCGUGUGCGGCGGCGGGCGCAGCGGCGUACGCGCGCAUAUCCCGCGCCGGCUGCCGCUGUCCCGCGCCGCGCUCGCACGCGCAUCCGCCCUCCAGUAUUAUCUAGUCGCGCACGCCCGCGCCCUCCGGGCCGCCGCCGCGCACGCGCUGUACAAAUAUUUAUUGGCGCGCGGGCCGGAGCGCGCGGGAGGACGAGAAGCGAAGUGAGUGUGCCGUGUGCCGUGCGCCCAGUGCGGAGGGCCGAGGGCCAGAACGCGCCCCGCGCCCGAGUGAUCGUCUGCCUGUAAAUAUAGCCGUAUAGUGUGAAUGUACGUGAACGUGUCGCCAAACGCCGAACGCCCAACGCCGAACGCCGCGAGUCUCAAAUUUUCUUGAGACCGAAACGUGUCAUAUAACGCUAACAUUAGUAUUUUGGAUUCAGUGCGAAUCCGGAGAUGAUUAAGAGAUGAGAUAUAAAACAUACUUAUUAAGAUGUAGAUAAUUUACCAUUUAUUUAUUAACUGAAUUUGUAUUUAUUUGUAAAUA